AUGACGAUCGCCGACUUGUUCUUCGUCCACCAGCGGGGCGCCGCAAAUGCUGUCUACUUUGGCGCCGUUAUGAUGGGCAGUUUCCUGACGCCUCUGGCCGCCGGCUCCCAGGCCGCCAGCCAAGGCUGGCGAUGGUCCUAUUACACUCUCUCAAUCUGUCUCACCAUUCUCUUCUUCCUCUUUCUCGUCGCCUACGAGGAAACCAAGUUCGUACCCUUGUACGUGGGUUAUCCAACCGCGGAUCCCACCACCCUUCCUUCAGCCCAGGGUGAGGAUCUGAAGACAGCUGGUGGCAGCAACGAGUCUAAGAAUCUCGACACACUCACCAAAAUGGAUUCGCCUUCAGUGUAUGCCACGGCGUACACACCGCAUACGUAUCGUCAGCGCAUGCGGCUAUGGACGCCAACAGAUGAACCGCUGGGGAAGCUGUUUUUGCUGCCGCUGCACGUCGUCACACUUCCGCACGUUCUGUUCACGGCAUUGCAAUUCGCUGCCGUUGUGGCGUGGCUAGUUCUGGUCAUGGCCAUGAUCUCCAUCAUCUUCUCAAUGCCCCCUUACAGAUUCACCACCGCCGGCGUCGGAUACAUGACAUUGGGUCCCUUUGUCGGAAACGUCUUCGGCACCCUCUAUGGUGGGCCGCUGUCCGACUGGAUUGUCGUGCGUCUCGCUCGCAGGAACGGCAAUGUGUUUGAGCCUGAGAUGCGUCUACAUCUGCUGUGCGUGUCCGUCGUCAGCAUGGCCGGUGGAUUGAUCAUGUUCGGUGUCACAGCUGACCGGGGAAUGCAUUGGAUACUUCCCAGUAUCGGUGGUGCCUUCUUCGCCUUCGGUAUGGGUUCCAUCGGAGAAAUCGCAUUCACGCUCCUGGUCGACAGCUACCGCGAUAUUGUCGCCGAAGCCUUCAUUGUGGUAGCCUUUUUCCGAAACGCUCUUAGCAUGGCUGUGCCAUUCGCCAUGGUGCCGUGGUGGAAUAGCAUGGGCCUCAGCAACAUGUUCAUCACAGUUGGGUGCCUGUCCUUCUUUAUUGGGCUACUCUACGUACCGUUGCUCCUCUGGGGCAAGCAGAUCCGCGUGAAACUGGCGCCCAGGUAUGAGGGAUUGGUGGCUAAGAAGAAACUCAUCGGUUGA